GGAUUGGCCAAUAAUUGGACAGUCAGCAGAUUCUAGAUUUCCUUUUUUUGUCUUUUUCUUUGGCUUAUUUUUUUCUUCUCUCUCCAACCCCCAGAAUCCGUUCCUCCUUGUUUUUGCUUCUCCAGAUCCUGUUUUGGAGAGACAACAUGGCUGACAAGAUGGCUGUCAAGGCAGAGACCCAGACUCAAACCACAGGCGAAAUCCCCAGUCUGAAAACCCUCAAAGACGCCAUCCCCAAACACUGCUUCGAGUCCUCCGUCGUUACCUCGCUCCUCUAUCUUGCCCGUGAUAUCUUCUACUGCGCUGCCCUCAUCUACGGAGCUCUCCACAUCCAUCUGCUCGAAUCUCUGCAUCUGCGCAUUCUUGCUUGGGCUACGUAUGGCUUCUUCCAGGGCUGUGUUGGAACAGGAAUCUGGAUUCUGUCCCACGAGUGCGGCCAUGGAGCUUUCUCCAAGUACCAAACCUUCAACGACUUUGUCGGCUGGGCUGGACAUUCCUUCCUGAUGGUUCCCUACUUCUCCUGGAAGAUCACCCACGCCCGUCACCACCGCUACACCGGACACAUGGAGAAGGACACGGUCUUCGUGCCAUGGACAGACAAGGACCUGGCAGGCAAGAAGAACGUGGCUGUUGAGCAGCUGAAGCAUCUCGUCGAGGAGACGCCCAUUGUGUCGUUCUUCAAGCUCAUCGGCCACCAAUUGGCCGGAUGGCAGUUGUAUCUUCUGCUGAACGUCACUGCUGGCUCCAAGAGCUUCCCCGAGGGCGCCAAAUCUGGAACUGCCAGUCACUUCUACCCUCCCAGUGCCAUGUUUACUCCUUCGCAGCGCAUCCUCAUCGCGUUGUCUGACUUGGGUUUGUUGAUUAUGGGCUCUGUGCUUUACUACACUGGCACUCACAUUGGCGCGUGGAACGUCUUCCUGCUCUACGGAAUCCCCUACCUCUGGGUUCACCACUGGUUGAUUGCCAUCACCUACCUCCAACACACUCACCCCGAAGUCCCCCACUACACUCCCGAAGCAUGGACCUACACCAAGGGCGCCCUCGCCACCAUUGACCGCACCACUGGCUUCAUCGGCCGUCACUUCUUCCACGAGAUCAUCGACUACCACGUCGUCCACCACCUCUUCAGCCGUAUCCCCUUCUACAAAGCCGAGGAAGCAACCAAGGCUAUCCAGCCUCUUCUCGGAAACAACUACCACGAGGAGAAGGGCGAGAGCUUCUUGUACUCCCUCAUGGUGACAUUCAGAAAGUGUCUGUAUGUCUCCGAGAAGAGCUCCCAGCCUGGCGUUUUGCAUUUCGUUCCUCUGGAGCGGAAGAAUUAAUUGAAAGCCUUUGGUGAUAGAUUUUUAUUUUGGAGUUGUAUGAUGUAUGUAUGUAUAGAACAUAGAUAGACAUAGACUAUUAAACAUAAUAGACCAAGUGAAUAUCAACAGACUUUUGCUUUGAGAGGCACGUUGACUAGUUAUCGC